AUGAAACUGAUCGCUGUUGCCAUUAUUGCUUGCAUCCUGUUCAUUGGAUUCACCGAAGGCGCAGCAGGAACCACCGAUUGUGGAUGCCAGGUUUGUGGUCCUGCCGGCAAGGCUUGCCAAGGCUGUCCUGAAAGGAUUCCGCUCUGCCAGGACCUCAUCAACACCAUUCAGACCCUCCAGAAGAAGGUCCGCCAGUGCGUCUGUGGCAUACCAACAUGGAUGUUGUAA